UGUCUACCAGAUGCGGAACUACUGUGCUUGUUGUGAUAUUUCCGGUAGGAACAGUUUGUGAGAAGGACCACAAUAUCUGCGUUGUGGAAAAUUCGAAAAGUCUGCGAAAUGGCAGUUACGUUGAACACAGACCUGGGAGACAUUAAAAUCGAGCUGUUCUGCGAGCGUUCUCCGAGAGCGUGCGAAAAUUUCUUAGCUCUGUGUGCCAGUGGGUUCUACAAUGGUUGCAUUUUUCACCGGAAUAUCAAAGGUUUUAUGGUUCAGACGGGCGAUCGAACAGGUACAGGAAAAGGUGGAACAAGUAUUUGGGGGCGGAAGUUUGAAGACGAAUUCAGUGAACAUCUUAAGCACAACGUGAGAGGAGUUGUGUCCAUGGCAAACAAUGGCCCAAACACUAAUGCCUCCCAGUUCUUCAUCACGUAUGCCAAACAGCCUCACCUUGAUAUGAAGUAUACAGUAUUUGGAAAGGUAAUAGAUGGCUUGGAGACGCUGGAUGAAUUGGAAAAGCUGCCAGUUAAUGAGAAAACGUUUCGGCCGUUGAAUGACGUUCGGAUUAAGGAUGUUACUAUGCACGCUAACCCUUUUGCGGGCUAGUCUCCAGCUGCCAGCAGUGUGCCUCAGCCACCGUUACAAAACAACAUUAUUAAAACUUCUGGAUGCAGACAAAUAUCUGCAGGGUCUGUAAUGUUUGCAGUUACGUUAUUGUAUUACUUGGAAAGAAAUCUUCACAACAGGCCCUUGUUCCACUUCUUUAUUUUUUCAUAUGUGAUGUUUUGGUUUAAUUUAUAUUACAUUUAAAAUAAACCUUUUUUUUUAAGUA